UCAGAGUACGUACGAUGCCUCUAUUACUCGACAGUUGGCUCUAAAUGCAUCGGGAAAAACCGUGCAAGGCAGUAGUAACAUUCUGUGUACGUUUAUAUCUUGUACGAUGUAUUCGUAACACGUACACAUAGGAACGGACGAAUCUUCUCGGGAAAUCUAGUCGACGUUAAAACGUCGGGCUCAAAGCUUUUGUGAGAUGUCAAGCACCGUACAUUAUGAUGGGUUGAAUGUGUUUGAAAAAACUGUUAGACUAAUCGCAAACGAUAGAGCACCGUUCGAAAGCAGAGGCGAACCAGUGAGAGGAAUAACACGGACGGGAAAAAGUGGGAGUGAAAGUGGAAAAAUUCACUUUUCCGAAAUUAUAUGAGAAACAAAGGCACGUUCCUAGCGAUACGUGAUCCAGGCUGCUGAUGUUUCGCAAAAACGAUGGAGCCCGAGGAACCUCUGUUACAAGGGAUCCUGCUGUUACCACCGCAGGGAAUGCUAGGCCAGCUCAAGAAAUCUUGGCACAAAAGAUUCUGUCAGCUGUUCAGAACUAGUAACUAUGGGAUCAAACGAGUAGAAAUCUAUGAUAAUCAAGAAGAAGCUAUAUUACAGUUACAUGCUCCUCGUAUCAUCACAUUAGAUGCUUGCAUUAAAAUAGCACCUAGCAAUCAGUCACAUGUAUUUACUGUUGUGACUAAGUCAGGAAUUCACUACUUUGGAUGUUAUUCGGAAUCUGAUAUGAGUCAUUGGAUUACUGCAUUUCAGUUAGUAGCAUUUAAAGAUAGUGUUUCUAAUCAGACAAUAGAGGAAAAUAACGAUUUAUACUGUACCAGUGGAGAAGGAGUGUUUUCUGUAAAAGUUGUAGAGACAGAUGCUUCUAAACGAUGUGGUCUAGAAACUAGAAACUAUACACUUGUAGUAGCUGCUGUUGAUAUUAAAUUAAUGGAUGGAGAUGUAGUUCUGUUCACUUGGCCAUAUCGCUAUAUCAGGAGAUAUGGUUACAAAGAUGGAAAAUUUAUUUUUGAAGCAGGACGAAAAUGUGAAUCUGGAGAAGGUUCUUUCCGCUUGGAGCACAGUAGUCAACAAGAAAUUUUUCGUUGUAUGUACUCGAAGAUGAGGUCAAUGAAAAAAUUAAUGAAUGAGGAAAAUAACUCAAAUAUUGACUGUAAUGACGCUCAAUAUCAUGCAGCAUUAUCAAUGGAGGCUGGAUCUAGAGCGGCCUUACCCCCUUCUCCAAAUAGUUCUGCCAAUUUAAUUGAUAUUGAUUUUUCACCACAAAAUUCACAGAAACAGUCGACUUCUUCAUCUAAUUUAGAUACCAGUUCAUCUUCUAAGCCAUCUUUGUCUAUUGGUAAACCGAAACCUGCGAAACCACCGCGAAAAUAUGUUUUCACAAGCUUAUUAGACAAGAAAAACGUGGAUGCUGAAUUAUCAGACUUAUCUGCUUGUGGAGAAUACAAAGCAUUAAAUCGUGAUAAUUCGCCAGAAAUGUCUCAAAAGACGAUAGGAAGUUCGAUAUUAGAUGACGAAGAGAAACAUCCUUAUGAUCUAGUAGAAGUAAGAAAUGAUGCAUGGAAAACUCAUGGUAUCGACAAUAUACAUCACACAGAGAGAUCAAACUCGUUAUUGCAUAAUGAUAAAGACAAAGAAAACGAGGAUGAUUUUCAGUACGAAACAAUGAUGCCUAUUAUAUCGUCUCAAAGCUCGUCAAAGAGUAAGUCUAGUAUUACGGACAGUCCAGUGACUUCGACCCAUAUAUCGAAUCAUAUACCCAAUGAUGAAUCUGAUUAUGAUAAGUUGGAGCAUUUUGGCUCGGCGACUAAAAUUAAUCAAAAAGGCACAUUUAAAUUUGGAAACUUUAGCAGCACGUCUCAAAAUUCACAUUCGAAUAUAUCUUUAAAUUCUGCUGCCGAUACCAAUACUACAUGGUCUAAUUAUGAUAUCGUCGAGGAUAUGUCUGCUGUUAGAUUAGCAGAUGAUAGCCACCUUGGAUAUGGUGUUAUUAGAAAGAAAACAAAUCACUCUGAUACUGCAUCUACAAGCAGUAAUAUGGGUCCAAAGCAUAAAGUCUUUAAUAAUAGUGAAUAUGCAAUUGUGUCAAAACCAAAAAGGGUGUAAGAGAUUCAAAAUAAUUUCAUUUAAUAGCAACUACACAAAUAUAUUAAUUAUUUCUACUCCAGAGAUUUUUACUUCUCAAAAAUGAUAAGAAAAUACUAGUCUACAAUAUGACUAGGGUAAGUUCUUUUUUAUUGCGCUGAAUAAUGAAAAAGUUAAAUGUGUUAAUACUUUAUAAUACUAUUAUAAAAAGUGCAGAAGUCAGAUGACAUUUGUUCUGCAUAAAGAUUAGUUUAAGAAACACUAGUCUUCUUUAUUACUGUCAAUUGUGUAGGAAUAUUAAAUAUUAGUUUAUCAAUAUUAUAUUUCUGAAAAUAUUCAAUGCAAAUGACUGAUUGCUAUAAAAAGACAAUGCCUUAUAUCGCAAAAUAUAAUUUAAUGACAAAGUCAAGCAAAAUUUUAAUAUUAAAUUUGCAUGUCAUUCCAACAUUUGGUGUACUUAGAGAUUUUUAAUAUUAUUAAUAUUAAUAAUGUUAAUUAAUUACUCAUAGUUUUUUUAUCAUAACACUGUUGUUCAGCAGAAGUUGUGCCUUCAGAGAUAUUUAAAGUUUAUAACAAUAGAAAUUUUUUGAAAUAUAGAAUUUAUAUAUGCAUUAUAAAGAAAAAGCAAUAAGUCAUUCCUUUUGUUUUUAAUACUAUAUAUUU